GGCGCUUGUUUUCUAUACAUAUUUUUGCAAAUUUCUUUCCUUCUUUAUUUGAGCUCAUUAAAUAAUUGUCGACUUGUCGAUUUAUUAUUUUUUGAAGAAAAAUCAAUAAAUAAAGUGUCUUCUCAUUGAAAAGGAAGAAAUUUGGAAUUAGAAAAUGAGUUAAUAUUGUGAUAAUAAAGUGUACAAAAAGAAAUUGAGAAGAUAAAAUGGGCGUACGAAGGUGUAUAGUUUUCGGAUGUAAAUCCGGUCAAAAAAGGGGAGUUACUAAAAAAGAAAAAGGGAAAAAGGUGCACUUUUUCCUGGUGCCUAAAGCAGAAGUUGAAUUGUGGCAACGCGCUCUAUCACGAAAGGACAUUGUCGUUAAAGCUGGACACGCAGUUUGUCAACGGCAUUUUUCUGACAAAGAUAUCCUCUGGAGGAAGGAAUUGAGAGGACCAGACGGUAAAAUACUCGGAGUGAGUGCGGACUAUAAAAUUCCUAAACUGCGAAAGGGCACCGUGCCAUCCCUUUGUCUAGGAAUCACUUCAAAACUAAAAACUGGACCGAAAUCUGAAAAAUCCACCUUAAAAAGUAAAGAAUCCCCAAAAAGUGAAGAAUCUAGUUCAACAGAAAAAUUAAUAACGACUCAAAGUACCGAUGAUACUAACAAUAUUGAUAGAGUGAAUCAAACUGAUAAAAUUGAUAAUAUUGGUAAUAUCGAUCACAAUUAUUACAGUAUGCACAAUGAUUACAAUGCCAAUAGCGAGACUGUUAAUAACCUGCACUCUCAAAUUGCAAAUGAAAAACUAAUAUUGAACAUCAAUCCACAAAAGGAAGUGAUCGAGACGAAUGCGGAAGUCGAAGACAGUCUCGAAGUUCAGUGUAAAAUCGACGACACUCCCUUGUUCGAAAUAAUUCACUGCAACGAGAAAAGUGUUGUCCGGCCGUUCGGCUGGUGUCGGCAAAAUAUGAAAUACGAUGGAAAGCGAAUGGUACACUUUUGUCAAUUUAUUCCCAGAAUGGACAAAGGAGUCGUGCAACCAGUCUGCACCAAACAGGUCCUAGUCGAUGAGAAUUUGAAAACGAGUAUUUUAAUAAUGCGCCAGCAAAUCGACAAGGAUAACUCGGCUGCGAGACAAGAACCUCUGCAGAAUAUCGAGGAUUUAGAAAAAUUAUUAAAAUUAGUCAGCAGUUGGAGACUCUGUCCUGGAUUGUCACUGACCGGAAGCGAUGAAAUUCAAGUGUCUUCGGCCCAAGCCUCGUCUGUUCAUCAGGACAAGGAGGGCCUCUGGCGAAGUGUCGAGUGUGCCAUGUUUCUGCCGGAAGGCACCCGAAACGGAAGUUGCGAAAAGUGUAGACUGAUUAAAAAGGUGAUUGCUAGGCGAAUGCUGAGGCUGAAAGUUAGAUCGCAAUUGCAGCGGCUUCGGGUGACUUUGAGCGAGCCACAGCAGAGGAAAUUGGACGAGAUGAGGAAGGAGAUGAGGACUCUGCGACGAGGCAGAGAUCGGGCAUUGGCUCGAAUAAAAAUACUCAAGGAGCAGAGAUUGCUGGAUUUGCAGAAGUUUAACAGUUCGCAGCGUACCUUGGAACAGCUGAUACUUGAAACGAAUCUUGCCGGGAAUCAGAAACUUGUCAUGUUGGAAAUAAUGGCGGCGUCGCGACAAACGGACACGAGGGCGAGGAGAUACACGAAAGUUUGGAUUGCCUUCUGUUUGACGCUUCACAGACGAUCACCUGUCACCUACAGGUUUCUGAGGGCCAAUAAUAUUUUGCCUCUACCCACGCCUCGAACGGUUUUAAGGUUUGCACAACACAAUCCACCUGUGACGGAUACUAGUCCUGCACCGGAUGGUAAAUUAGAUACAGUUGAAGAAACAAUUGAAGAUGUGAUACUUGAGGGUGAAGAAUUCGAAGACGAAAUACCACAAGUUGGAGUGGAGACUGAAGUGUCUUAAAAACUACAUUCCUGAGUUCAAAAAUUCUUAUAGAGAUAUAAAAAGAAGAGUAAAAAGUUUAUUAUAUUUAGGAGUGGAGAAAAAAAAUUUAUCAAGGAUUCAGGAAGAAGCUUGAAGUAAUCUCACAAAAAUAUUUUAAAUUAUUAAUUUCUCGAUACUUUUUUAUAAGCCACUCUUAGUUUUUUCUCCAUUAUUUUGUUCAUUUUUUCCUGAAGUUUGAGUUCCUACUGUUAAGUGCUUUUAAGUGUUUUUUAAUUUAUAAAAUGUUUAUUUAUAAUUAGGCGCUUUGUUUUAUGAACAUUAAAAGUUGACUGAUACUAAUAGA